UUAGUUUUCUAGUUUGUCCCACUGCGCAUUAAGUGACUAUGUCAAGAUCCUUUUUCGUAGAUUCCCUCAUCGGGACGAAACCGCCUGCGCCGACGCCGGUCUUCCCGGCCGGCUACUUCUUCUCCUUGGUGCCUCCAUUCUACAGGCCUUACUGGAGUCCUCCUCCAAACUGGGAAGAACCUAUUUUAAGGCCUAAACCUAUCAAGACGAACGUGGAAGAAACCAAGUCUAUUCUGCCUCCAUCUCCUCCACCAAAAGAGGACUAUACUGUAAGACACGGUCUAAAGAGAAGCUCGAGCGAAGAGCCUUCCGAUGACUCAGGGAGCAGCAAAAGGAUCCGUACAGCGUUCACCAGUACACAGCUACUUGAACUGGAAAAGGAAUUUUCCAGCAACAUGUACCUAUCCAGACUGAGGAGGAUCGAGAUAGCCACUUGCCUCAGGCUGUCGGAAAAACAGGUCAAGAUCUGGUUCCAGAACAGGAGGGUCAAACACAAGAAAGAAGAGACCGGCGGAGGUGACCAGAAGUGCACAUGUCUCAGGUCGUGCUCGAACAGAAACAAGGAGGAACAGUGUUCGCCGCAGAAGUACAAUUCCGAGGGAAGCGGUGAGAUGUCCCCGCAGCAGAAAAUACACUCGCCGACUCCAGUCCAUCCCCAGAUAAACCACAGGCCGCAGAUUUCGCCCCAGCUCCAGCCCGUAAUGCGGUAAUUCGUCCGUUUUCGUUACCAUAAACAUCAUUUUCUUUGAAACUGAUGCCUCUUUUUAUGAAACCUAGUUUUAAAACAUUUCUGUGAUUAAGGAUUGAUCGGCUCAAUAACUUUCCAUCCACGUGACAUUAG